UCAUCAUUACGCUCAAGCCGAUCAGCCGAGGUACUUCCUGUUUUUUCGUGGAGGAUGGAUUUGUGCAUACUGACGAAGUCAAUGCUAUCCCGAGUAGCUGUUUGGAUUCAAUAACCUGGGGUUUCCAGCCAUUCUUUGUACUUAACAAAUCACCUUAGAAAGAGUCGUGUCGUUGCUGCGGAAUAAAACGGGAAUUGAGCGGCAGUCCGCAGCAGUAUUAUUUACUCGGAGCGGAUUGCAACCAUGAUGGCGUCGAGCUACAACGCUAAGGAAGAGGAUGGCCACCACUCAGGCCCUUCGAGUCACGGCGGGGCUGGGGCUGUGAAAAGCAAGAAGCCGGACAACACAGCAUUCAAACAACAGAGACUACCUGCCUGGCAGCCCAUCCUGACGGCUGGGACCGUGCUCCCUGCUUUCUUUGUCAUCGGGCUCAUCUUCAUCCCCAUUGGCAUCGGCCUAUAUGUUACGUCGAACAACAUCAAGGAGUUCGAGAUUGAUUAUACCGGUGUGGACGUGUCAAGCCCAUGCUUCAGUUGUGCCAAAAACUACAGCUGGAACAGCACAGCGUCCUGUUUGUGCUCUGUGCCUUUCACUUUGGAGCAACCUUUCGAGAGCAACGUCUUCAUGUACUACGGCUUAUCUAACUUCUAUCAGAACCACAGACGCUAUGUGAAAUCCAGAGAUGACAGCCAGCUAAAUGGGGACCGUUCCGCUUUGACGAAUCCUAGCAAGGAAUGUGAACCUUAUCGUACUAGCGAAGGGCAGCCCAUUGCUCCUUGUGGGGCCAUAGCUAACAGCCUAUUCAAUGACACACUGGUUCUCUAUCAUAUCGACUCCAAUGACAACAAAAUCCAAAUCCCUCUGGUAAAGAGGGGCAUUGCUUGGUGGACAGACAAGCAUGUAAAGUUUAGGAAUCCUGGCGGAAACGACAACCUUACCAUCGCUUUUCAAGGUACUAACAAGCCAGUAAACUGGCGAAAGCCGGUAUUUGAGCUGGACCCAGACGACCCUGAAAACAAUGGCUUCAUCAACGAGGACUUCAUUGUGUGGAUGCGCACGGCUGCAUUACCCACUUUCCGCAAGCUCUAUAGGAUCAUCCAGAAAAAGUCGAGCUCGACACCAACCCUGCCUAGUGGCAGAUACGUCUUGGACAUUACCUACAAUUACCCUGUCCUGAGUUUUGACGGUCGCAAACGAAUGAUCUUGAGCACGAUCUCCUGGAUGGGAGGGAAGAACCCUUUCCUUGGCAUCGCCUACAUCACCGUGGGCUCCAUUUGCUUCUUCCUAGGCGUGGUUCUGCUCAUCAUCCACCACAAAUAUGACUCCCGCAACAACAGCGCAGAUAUUCCUAACUAGAGCCUGCCUGCACGCCGUCCAUUCUGGACUGUUCAACUGUUUUUGUGUGAAUACACUGGUCGUCUGUAAAUGUAUGUGUAAGAACAGUCCUACAUUGUAUUAUGUAAGGCUUCGAUUGCAAGCAAAAGUACAAUGGCCGAGUCUUGACUGCUUCAAAUUGGAUGCUGCAAAUGCCGUUUUCUGCUAUUUGUUAAGAUAUUCUAUUUAACUCUACAUCAAAGUAUGUGUUGUAUGUCAGCAGAGCUUUACGAAUGGCUUAAUUAUUGAAGGGCAUGUGUAUUACUAUAUAUUUAUGUCCAUGUCGUGUACUAUAAAAUCUCCUGCUGAUGAAUGUACUGUAUUACAUUUACAUACCUCUUGAUUUGAGAUAUGGAAAAUUAGGAAGGCCUUGUGCGUCAUCAAAUUUAGUAAAUUUAACAUUAAUAGAAGUAUGGGGUCACAAUGACCAAUUAUGAAGUCUCAGCUCCCUUUCUUCCUUUUUCAAAUGUACAAAAACUGACAAUCUGAUAGUUUAAGAAUGCAACAAAAUUAACUGUGACUGAGAUUCCUGUCUGGAUGGUAAGUGAGAUUUUUUUUUUUUCCUGUUAAAUUAUUUUGCACAGUUCUGUUAGUGUCGACCAAAUGAUUUGCACUUAAAAAACAAAAAAAGGAAACCAUUCUCUUGCUCCAGUUCAGCAAGUUCCUUCAUCCCUAAAUAUGAUUGCCAGGCAAAAAAAUUGGAUGGUUUUGCUUUUUUCUUUGGUUUCCCACCAUUUAGAAACACCUUGUUAAUGUGGAGUCACCUGUUUGAAAUUGAAUGUGUGGGCUUUUACAAGGUUAAUAGGUUCCAAUUAAAUAAUUUUUCAAUGUC